AUCAAUACUGGUCAUAUUUAUUUUCUCCAUUUACGUUAUCUUCAACUCUUAUUAUCCACAGUGACAAAGAAGGGCCGAAAACGAAACACGCACAUCCACAAAACUGAAGACUCCUCUUCCCUAACUCCUCCCAAUCCCCCAGCUAAUCUUACACUGACAAAACGAAGAAGACGAAGCAGAACAAUUGACCAAGAAAUCAGGGAGGAGGAGCAGAGAGAAAGAGAAACGAAGCGCUCAGAACUCAACAUGUCUUCUCCUUGCCGCGUCUUCAAGACUGGAAAUCAUGCCGUCAAGCUCAUCACCGUCCUUCAGAACGACUUCCGGAGCUCAGCCGAGAAACCUCCACCCAAGCCCUUACUUGUCUCAACCCCCUGCGAGGAAGACGAGUUCCCUGUUUUGAUCUUCCUCCAUGGUUUCGUUCUCUAUAAUUCCUUCUACUCCCAGCUCCUUCAGCACAUCUCUUCCCAUGGCUUUAUUGUGGUCGCCCCUCAGCUCUACACCAUUGCUGGACCUGAUUGCUCCGAAGAGAUUUCUGAUGCUGCAAAAACAACAGAUUGGCUAAUUAAAGGACUGGCUCACGUCCUCCCCAAUAAUGUUCGACCAAAUUUCAGCAAAGUAGCCAUUGCAGGCCAUAGCCGCGGAGGCAAGGUUGCUUUUGCUCUAGCCCUAGGCUAUGCCAAGCCCUCGCUCACCUUCUCCGCUCUAAUGGCGGUCGAUCCGGUCGACGGGAUGGAUAAAGGAAAACAAACCAAUCCUCCCAUCCUCACCUACAUUCCUCACUCUUUCGAGCUAAAAAUGGCGGCUUUGGUGAUCGGUUCAGGCCUCGGCGGGCUAAAAAAAAAUCUCUUCUUUCCUCCGUGCGCUCCCGAGGGAGUGAGCCACCAGAGUUUCUUUGAUGAAUGCAAAGCUCCUGCUUGCCAUCUUGUGGCUAAGGAUUAUGGUCAUUUGGAUGUUUUGGAUGAUGAGACCAAAGGGAUUAGGGGAAAAGCUACUUAUUGCUUGUGUGCAAAGGGGAAGGCAAGGGAGCCUAUGAGGAAUUUUGUGGGUGGAGUUAUGGUGGCGUUUAUGAGAGCUUAUUUGGAUGGCAACAUGGAGGAUUUGUGGACUCUAAGAGACGAUCCAGAACAUGCCAUACCUAUUGUGGUAUCAAUAGCAUGUUUUAAGGAAUGAAAAUUUGCAAGAGGUGCAUCAAAAUAUAAAUACAAUGGAUGGUAUGGUUGUUGUUAUAAAUAUUUGAGGUUGGAUUUUAAGUUACACAUGAAGGUUUUGGUUUUAUGUGCUGGAAAUUAUAAGAUGCAUGGCUUUGGUUAUUAUGAAAAUUAUUAAGGCAUUGAAGUCACCAUAGCCAUGUGAAUGUAUAUUAUGUGUAUUAUAAAAGGU